CUCUUUCAAAAUCACCACUCUCUAAACGAAUCUUAAGUCAUAAUCUUGUAAGAAACCGUUUUCUGAUAUCUUCCAAUGGCACGUACCAAGCAAACCGCUCGCAAGUCCACCGGCGGCAAGGCCCCAAGGAAGCAACUAGCAACCAAAGCCGCUCGCAAAUCUGCUCCGGCCACCGGAGGAGUGAAGAAGCCACAUCGUUUCAGGCCAGGAACCGUCGCUCUCCGUGAGAUCCGUAAGUACCAGAAGAGUACCGAGCUAUUGAUCCGCAAACUUCCGUUCCAGCGUCUUGUUCGUGAGAUCGCUCAAGAUUUCAAGACUGACCUUCGCUUCCAGAGCUCCGCCGUCUCUGCACUUCAAGAAGCGGCUGAGGCAUACCUUGUUGGACUCUUUGAGGAUACCAACCUCUGCGCAAUUCACGCCAAGCGCGUCACAAUCAUGCCUAAGGAUAUCCAGCUCGCUAGGCGUAUUAGAGGCGAGCGUGCUUGAUCUUGAUGAAUUCUUGGUUUUAGGGUUUGUGUAGAUAUUUUCAAUAUGUAGUUAAUCACAAACCGUUGUUCUUGUAAUAUUGUAAUUGUGCUUGGCUUCUUAUCAAUGGAAUGUAACGUAUUUUGUUCAA